ACCAUGGCUCUGUUCUAUUUACAGGAGUCUGUCAUAGAAACGCCACUUUUAAAGUUACAAACGUCACAAAAAAAUUGUUUCGGUGAAAGUUUACUAUAAUUUAAUUAAAAUGUGAUGUGCGUUAUUUGGAUUUCAGUACUUUCCACGGGCAGCUCGAAUUUCCUGCAGUUAUUGACCGCUUGAUUAUGUUCACCUCAAUGAUAAAGCUUGUGGGCAAAGCCUCAAGGCUUUACGUUGCACGGGCUGUGGCUAGCGUGUCAGCGACAAUCAACAAGCAACUGGACCCUCAAGAUGAAGCCAUGGGAAAAGAGCAGUGUUUCCUCGUGGACGAUAACGAUAUUGUAACAGGUCAGGCCAGUAAAAGAGACUGCCACUUGGUGCAAGAGGAUGGAAACAUCCCUCUGCAUCGGGCAUUUAGUGUGUUUUUGUUCAAUCAAAAAGGCGACUUGUUGCUGCAGAAGCGAUCAUCGGAAAAGAUUACUUAUCCUGACCACUAUACAAACUCGUGCUGCAGCCAUCCGCUAACCAAUUUUCCUGGUGAGGAAGAAGAAGCAAACGCUUUGGGGGUCAGGAAAGCCGCCCAAAGGCGCCUGAACUACGAGUUGGGCAUUUCUCUAGACAGCAUUCCCAUUGACAGUAUUAAUUACAUUACCAGGGUGCACUAUAAAGACCAAGGGAACGGCAAAUAUGGCGAGCAUGAGAUCGACUAUGUUCUAUUCAUUCAAAGGGACGUCAAGUUGAACCCCAACCCAAGCGAAGUAUCGGAAAUCAGCUUCGUUCCUCGGACAGAGUUUGACGAUUUUAUUCCGACUCUAACUGGCCAGUGGACGCCGUGGUUUUCACUGAUUUUGAAGCAUCGGCUCAAGUUCUGGUGGGACCAUUUGGAUCGGCUGGACGAGAUCAAAGACCACAAGAAGAUUCUACGCUUUGGCAGCGAAAAGUGAAACAGUACCAGUAGGGCACUGAUUGCGCAAUUCUUCACUGCUAGUCAUCUAUGUUUAAGAACUAUUUUACUUGUAUUUGUUCAAGGUUAAUUUCAACGGGUUUUUAUUGCAACAAGAACAUUUCUUUAUUAA